AUGAUUAGACGAGAUUUAUACCCGAUGAAACCUAUCGGCUUCAGACCCUAUUAUGCUAAUAUCAUGGAUGUGGAAGGAAAUUUGUUCACACGAUUCCAUCCAGAUAAGCAUUAUUGGCAGAAUCAAUUGGCAGCUGUGUCUCAUAGGUAUGGAUGCAAGAUGCCCGACCCAGCUAAGAGAGAAAUAGCUGAGUUUUCGAAUUUUGUGCGGAAAAGGUUCAAAUUCUUUGAUAAGUGUCAUGACUGGCAUUCGCAUGAUUCAUGGCUCGAAACAUCAAAUUACAAUGAAGCUCGAAAACGAGAGCUCUAUGAGGGGUUCAUAAAAGAUUCAAUUAAAUGGUCCCAUAAUAAUAAGAGCUUCAUAAAGGAUGAAGGCUAUGAUGAAUAUAAAAUGCCUAGAGCCAUCAAUUCUUACAGUGAUUCGACCAAAUACUUUUUAGGCCCUUACAUCAAGAGUCUAGAAAAGAAGUUUUUCCGCAACAAAUUUUUUGUGAAGGGCAAAUCUAACCGGGAGAGAGAUGAGGUCCUAAGACACACUUUCGGUGAUUCUAAGGUUUUAUAUACGGAUUUUUCACAUUUUGAAUCACAUCAUAGAGGAGUUUAUGCUCAGUUGUUUGUUGAUUUUUUGUACUAUAUGGGUGGGGAUUGUUUAGAAUUCCAAGCCGCUAGACACCUUAUUUUAGGUUCAAAUAAAUCAACUUUCAGCUCGAUUGAAGCUUCUUGUAAGUCGCGUCUAAUGUCAGGUGCUUUAUGGACUAGCUUUCAGAACUCUUUUUUGAACUUCUUUGUAAUGGCUUACUUGAAUUAUAAAAAGACAGCUGUUAAGCGUCAAUUCAGGAUUGAGUCAUUAAAGAUGUUCAUUGAGGGAGACGAUGGCAUCAUGAAGCAUUUUAAUUAUAAUAACAGGAUCAUUAAGAGGUUGGGAUUAUGCCUGAAAAUAAACUCAGCAGAACAUUUUUCUUUAGCAUCUUUUUGCGGCAGGGUGAUAUCGCAAAACGCAUGUUUUACAGAACCCACGAAAGCUAUAGACAAGUUAUGUUGGUUUCCUAUGCGGAUGCACUCAAUGAAGGAGAACGCCCGUCGUGCAGUGUUUAAAGCCCGGGCUAUGUCAUUAUUGGAGAAUAAUGAAAAUUGUCCGAUUUUAGACCCACUAGCACGCAAGAUCAUCCAGAUGAAUAGGAACAUAGAUGCCAGAGUUGCUUUGAAGCACUUUUCUGCUUAUGAGAGAGACAUCUUGCAAGACUUCGAUUUCAGUCCACGGAAACUGGAUCCAAGUGAUAUAAGCUAUGAGAAUCGUGUUUUGAUGGAGCAAUUGUAUGGGAUCACCGUAGACCAACAGAUCUGGUUCGAGGAAGAGAUCCUCCCGAAUUGGGAGUGGGGUCAGGUACUCAGAUUGACAUGGGACGCCCCUAGAACUUGGAUAGAAAAUGCACAAGAGACCGAUCUGGAUAAUGAGUCUUAUGGUUUCAUAACGAAUCUAACUUCGAGGGAUCAGACCAGACGUUUGCCUUGCCAUAUCAUAAGGCUGUUUGAAGACGCCAGUGCUGAUGAGACAGAUAGAAGCUGUCUCUCUAGAUGA